AUGACUACAGCUUGGCUCCUGGUGUUGGCGACUGUGAUGCUGGACUUGGCCAGAGCUGGCCCUGUCCCCACUUUCAAGCCCACCACAACCAGGAAGGGCUGCCACAUGGGCCAGUUCCAAUCUCUGUCACCACAGGAGCUGAAGGGCUUCAAGAAAGCCAAGGAUGCUUUGGAAGAGUCACUCUCACUGAAGAACUGGAGCUGCAGCUCUCCCCUCUUCCCCAGGACCCGGGACCUGAGGCAGCUGCAGGUGUGGGAGCGCCUCGUGGCCUUAGAGGCUGAGCUAGACUUGACUCUGAAGGUCCUAAGGGCCGCGGCUGACUCAUCCCUGGGGGUCACCCUGGACCAGCCACUUCGCACGCUGCAUCACAUCCACGUCGAACUUCAGGCUUGCAUCAGGGCUCAGCCCACGGCAGGAUCCCGGCUCCAGGGCCGCCUCAACCACUGGCUGCACCGGCUCCAAGAAGCCACAAAGAAAGAGUCCCAAGGCUGCCUUGAGGCCUCUGUGACAUUCAACCUCUUCCACCUCCUCGUAAGGGACCUGAGAAGUGUUACCAGUGGAGACUUGCACAUCUGA